AUGAAAGCAGUGCGCAGCUAUAAAUCUGCAAAUUUGGCUAUUGGUGGUUGUUGGAAAUACAUUGUGGGAGGUCAGGCCAAGUUAGGCUUCGUCGCCAUCGCAUGUGCGGCCUAUGUUCAAUUUCAUGGCGGAACAACUUGCCAGAAAGCCUUGGAAGUACCGCUACUGAUAACGGGUCUCGUCUUACUUGUUGUGUCGUUGCUGGGAUUGAUUGGAUCGUUUUGUAGGGCCACUGGGGUGCUGUUUCUGUAUUUGCUUAUUAUGUUCCUCUUGAUAAUAGGGCUUCUGGUUUUCACCAUUUUUGUACUCGUUGUUACCAACAAGGUUGUGGGUCAGAGCGUAUCCCCAAGCCGACUUCAGGAUUACUCUAAAUGGCUGCAAAAUCAGGUUGAUGGAGGAAAUUGGGAACAGAUAAAGGGUUGUUUGAUUGAUGCAAAGGUGUGCAACGAUAUUAAUGAGAAGCAUUGGUCUCUAACACAGUCUGGUUGCUGCAAGCCACCAAUGUAUUGUGGAUUAAUACACAGGAACUCAACCUUCUGGGUGAUGCCGGAAGGAGGUCCAGGGGUGCCAGACAGCGACUGUACCACCUUCAGCAACCACCGGCAGACACUUUGCUACGACUGCAAGUCAUGUAAGGCGGGAGUUCUUGCACAAGUGAGGCGAGAAUGGAGAGCUUUGGGUGUAUUCAAUGUCUGUGUGUUGGCCAUUGUGAUCAUGAAGUUCUCUCUUGGCUGCUGCCUUAGGAGGAAAUAUAUACAUGAUCAUGAGUACGUUAGGUAUAGUCCUUACUACUGA